GAUGUAGUUACUAUCUUGAGCUUUGUUUAGUUCUUAAUUGUAUCUUAUUCCUUUGAAAGUUUGGAAAUUAGUGUUAUAUUUGAACAGCGUCCUAGUCUAUAAUAUUUUGUAAUUAAAUUGUGUUAAUGGCUUUAUAAUUGACAUUUUUUUCGUCACAGUUCAGUUACAAUUAUGACUUUACAAGACAGGCUGAAAUCUCUCUUACGUAUACUGAAGUUUUCAUCUAUUUGGGGCAGUGGUGUUAUAAUUGUGGCGUAUCAUUUGAAACAAACUACCGUAAGAAUUAAUAGAAUUAUAAAUCACAACGUUAUAGACGCCGACAAGAAAUGUACUCCCGAAUAUAUAUACAUCGAAGAUCCUUCUUACGAUGCUGCUAUGAAAGAGCAGCACCAGAGAGAGAACAAGCAGUCGGUUGGCUUUUCACGAAUAUGGAAGAGCUUGAAAUACUCAUUAGCUUGGAAACUCCUUUGGCUGUGUCGUCACGGUAGUAAAGAUCAACGUAAUAUAGCACUGGAACAACUGGCGGCCUUUAAAAAUAACAAAAGUUGGGAUUGUUUGAAGCUUGCUCAAGCACUCGAUAAAGAUACGGCAGUCCUACUUGCUCGUACUCGUGGUGCAGACUUAAGAUACUUUCUUCCACCACCUUUACAUGUUCGUAGGGCAGCAUUAACUUCAGAGUUACUAUCUUUUAGAUUAAGAGACUUGCUUUUGGCUGUGCAAACUGUUAAUCCUCAUAGUUGUAUACAUUAUUUUGUUAACAAAUAUUUUUUGAAUGUUCAAGAACAACCUGUUGAAGUAGAUGUGCCAACAAAGCCUGAUAACCUUAGUGAAAAAGAACUUUGUAUUUUAUGUCUUGAUGCCAUUCAUCACCACCUUUCUUUGUUCUAUGCUAAAUCUUAUGAAAAAGACAUUUCAAGUCAAACAUUAAUUAAACAUGGAAUCCUACCUUGCUUAGCGGAGCUACUUUUGAGAUAUCACAAUGAUAUUGAUAUAGAUAUGGCAGUAUUAAAAGUUUUUACAAUUCUUAGUGUGCAUAGCAAUUUGUUAAAUGAUUUCUAUCAAAAUGGGCUAAUUAGGGAUUUAUCACGUUUACUAAGGUCAAAUGAUGUGCGUUUAGCAAGUUCAGCUGCUGUUUCAUUAGCAAAUUUAUCUGGUGAACACUUGUAUAGACCGGGCUUAUAUCUUUUGUAUCCAUUAUAUAGAACUGCAGCAAAGAACACAUGCGAUACACUCUUGGUUCAUGGGCUGCGUGGGGGUGUUUUUGUUACCUGGAGGCAAAGAGACAAAUCAUGUGCUCAUCCUGUUGGCAUCUUAGAAGUGUCUGUAGCUGAUGCAGAUUGUAACCCUUGCAAAGAAAAUGAAACAGAAGCAAAAUAUUAUGAUCCAGAAUUGCAACAAGUAUUAGAAGACAUCAUGGAAAUUGAGGAAGAAUCACUAUUAUCAAAUGUUGAGGUGGUUUUACACGAUCUCCCCAUAGAAGCUAAAAGGGAGCCCGUGAACAAGUAUACCUUUACAGCCAAAAAAAAGAGGAAUGCCUUAUUACAGGAAGAUGAAGAUAAGUGUAACUAUACAUUUUGCUGGCCUAAAGAUUGGCUGCCAAAAGAUUGUAAGAAUUUAAGAAUAUUGGGCAUUAAUUACUGGACUUCUCUUUCUGAGUGGCUAGAACACUGCCCCUUACAAAAUACCGACAUAGCUACGAGAGCCUCAGAACUCAUACCAACAUUAGUGGAUGCCGCAGUAGGCAAAAAAAAUCUUGUUUGGCUUACUCAUUCUAUGGGUGGUCUGAUAGUGAAACAAUUGCUCAUACAAGCUUCUGAAAGUCAAGAUCCUAAUACUAAGAAAUUGUGUGACUACACUAAGGCAAUUGUGUUUUACAGUACUCCACAUAAGGGCAGUGCUCUUGCCACUAUGCCACGAGCUGCAGCUGCAGUCCUCUGGCCUUCUCAAGAUGUGAGACAAUUACAAGAAAAUUCUCCAGUUUUACUGGCAAUACAUAAUGCUUUUAUUAAAUAUGCCGAUUACUAUGGCUGGGAAACUAUUAGUUUUGCAGAAACUUUGCCAACACCAGUCACAGCAUUUAAAGUACCUAUUCAUUUUGUAGAACCUGAUUCUGCUGAUCUUGGCCGUGGUGUAUUUUAUCAAUUACCAUUAGAUCAUUUAUCAAUAUGUAAGCCAGCAACAAGGCAGUCUAUUUUGUAUACAACAGUUCUCGAUGUUCUUAAGAGAGUUACUGCAGAAGAUGUAGAAUUAUAUUACACAGAGAGUUAUAUUCAAUAUUGUGCUGAUUAUCUUAUGUGGGCUGCUAGGAAUAAAAUAAAAUCAGUUUUACAAAUAAUAGAUGAAGCACAGAAUACUGAGCAAUCCCACAAGAUUCAAAAAGCAUUAUUUCAAACUUUCUCUGAUGAUUGAUUUAAAAAUAUUAUUGUUAUAACAAUAUUUGCCAAGUAUGAUAUUUAAAUUAAUUAAUUGAGCACAUAGGCCUGUUUACAUAAAAUAUUAUUUUCAAUUUCCUAAUAAUGUAGAAAAAUUAUUGUUUUGUUUUUGGAAAAACUUAUAAUUCUCCACUCUUGCAUUCUAUGCUCAUUCAUUUAACCCAGCACAACUUUCAUUCUGCUCAGGUUUAUCCAGAAUAACUUCUAGUCAUAUUAAUUUAUCUUUAAAGGUUAGAGUUACAUAUUAGUUAUUUGAACAAAAAUAUUAUGUUGACUUCUUGAA